UCGCCCCUGCCUGUCAGAGCCGGAGCCUCCGUCGCCGUGUCCCUGCCAUCGCCGCCAUGAUCCCCGCCCGGGCCCCGUUCUCCGUCCGCAACGAGCAGCCCCGCCUGUCGCCCAUGAAGAACCUGGUCCUGACCGACAAGGAGAACACGCCCCCCGCCACCAGCGCCACGCGGGUCCUGGCCACCAAGACCGCCCGGAAGAUCUUCCAGGAGGCGGACGCGAAGCCGCUGAAACCCAAAGCAGCGAUACAAGCUCCUAGCAAUCUGGAAGAUGAGCCACUCCUACGGGAGAAUCCACACCGGUUUGUCAUAUUCCCCAUCCAGUACCAUGAUAUCUGGCAGAUGUACAAGAAAGCAGAGGCCUCCUUCUGGACAGCUGAAGAGGUUGAUCUUUCCAAAGACAUUCAACACUGGGAGUCCCUUAAGCCUGAGGAGAAAUACUUCAUUUCACAUGUCUUGGCCUUCUUUGCAGCAAGUGAUGGCAUUGUAAAUGAGAAUUUGGUGGAGCGAUUCAGCCAAGAAGUACAAGUAACAGAAGCGCGCUGUUUCUAUGGCUUCCAGAUUGCUAUGGAAAACAUACAUUCAGAAAUGUACAGUCUGCUCAUAGAUACUUACAUUAAAGAUCCAAAACAGAGGGAAUUUCUUUUCAAUGCCAUUGAAACACUGCCAUGUGUUAAAAAGAAGGCUGACUGGGCCAUGCAGUGGAUUGGGGACAAACAAGCAACAUUUGGAGAACGUGUAGUGGCUUUUGCAGCAGUGGAAGGAAUCUUCUUCUCUGGCUCUUUUGCAUCCAUCUUUUGGUUGAAGAAGAGAGGGUUAAUGCCUGGACUCACUUUUUCUAAUGAACUCAUCAGCAGGGAUGAGGGUUUGCACUGCGACUUUGCCUGCCUAAUGUUCAAGCACUUGAUUCACAAACCAUCUGAGGAAAGAGUAAGAGAAGUCAUUACCAAUGCUGUCAGGAUAGAGCAGGAAUUCUUGACAGAGGCGCUACCUGUAAAGCUGAUUGGCAUGAAUUGCACUUUAAUGAAACAGUACAUUGAGUUUGUAGCAGACCGACUUAUGCUGGAGCUGGGAUUUAGCAAGAUAUUCAAAGCAGAGAAUCCGUUUGACUUUAUGGAGAAUAUCUCACUGGAAGGCAAGACUAACUUCUUUGAGAAGCGAGUAGGAGAAUACCAAAAGAUGGGAGUAAUGUCAAAACCCACAGAUAACUCUUUCACUUUGGAUGCAGACUUUUAAAUGAACUGAGACCACUUAAGAUAUGAGGCACAUGCUGUUCGAAUGAAACAUUGCUUUCAAUAUUAAUUCACAUUGUGACUUGAUUAUACUAAAAUCUCACUCUUGAACAGUGUGGGGUAUGGUACUGUUUUGAGGAGGCUAGUAUAGCUACAGCAGUAAAAUUCUUUCAUUAGAUAUUGCCAAUGGUGUUAAUUCAUAGAAUGCUUAGAUGGAGUAACUUAUAUUAUAAAAUCAUUUCCUGGAAAAAUCCUCAAUUCUUGAAGUGAUCUGAUGCCCUCCCUUGCAACAGGGAGGUUGUACACAGAUCACUAGCUUCUGGAAUUUCUAUAACAAAGCUGGAAGUGCUUGAGAAAUGAUGUUUUAAAUGAGAUUUGACAGAUUUGGCUCUUGGAUACUGGAGGGAAAGCUACAUGACCUCACUGCUUCUAAGCAGGUUUUAAGUUUACUUUUUACUAUUUGUGAUAGUUUGUACAUAAACCUGGCACUUUAAUAUUAAAAUAAAGAACUCUGACUUGUAUUCUUGGCAGCAUGAAUAUUGAAGCUUGAGUUAAUUCUAAAUUUUAGACACAGCAUUGCAUGUUAUCCUUUUUUUGUUUUUAUGCUUAUUUACUUGUAUGUAACUUAAAAUGAUAACUUUUUGAGUCAGACCUGCUGGUGAUCCUGACAGAUCUGUAAAACUUCUGGCGAAGUGUAGGAAUACAAACUGUAUGG